UAAAUAAAUUUCCAUAUUUUUUAUUUCAUUUUCAGCUUCUGAUGGGAAUAUUCUUCUAUGUUAAAAGUGUGGCUUUAGUGGAAGAUGUUCCACUGGAGGAAACCUAUGAUCAGGUUGAUAAAUUUUAUAAAGAAGUGGAUAGAGGUUAUACGCAAAAUGCGUACAAUUGUUGGAUUGCAGCCUGUAUUUAUGUUCUUACAUUCCUGUUUUCAGGACAUCAGUUCUAUAUAAAUUCAAGAUCUUCCCUUAGCGUUUAAAGGAAUUUUAUUAAAAUGUUAUACGACUAAAUAAAUAUGUAUAAAUUUACAAAUCAAUAUUGUAUUAUAAACAAUGUAUUUAGAAGUAUUCUAAAUCGUAUAUAAUAGUAUAUUAAUUGCAAGAACAAAUAACAGUAUAUUGAUGACAUAGAAGUCUUGUUUAGUGUAUUAAGACUAUUUUGUUUUAUAUAAUAUAUACCUUUCAAUCUUUUAGUGCUUAUACAUACAUAUGUAUACUUAUAUAGUUCAGAUUUAAUAUUAUCCGUCUUAAUACCUAUAAAAUAGGAGAAUAAAUAUUUCAGAUUAUAAUGUAUAUGUAAAGUUAUAAGGGUAAUAAUAUUAUUGAUUGAAGCUA